AUGGCAGCCUCGGACAAGUUGGUAGCGGUGACAGCGAUCGGUGGUGCCUUCUGGCUGUCUGGCAAGAUUUCCGCUUAUAGCUUAGUUGCACUACCUGCAAUGCUUUUGGCCAAAUCCGAAGACAGUGUAUCCUCUAAUGCAAUCCUCAAAGUAUGGCGACGUCUGUAUGAAUAUGGCCAUGCUUACGGCCCGAAGCUGGCCGCUGUGACUUCCACCGCUUUUGGAUAUUUAGCAUGGUCUGCUCGUGCUCAACGCACCACUUGCCGUGCUCCCAUGAUCAUGUACAGUGCCGCUGCAUCACUAGUCCUGGCGAUUGUGCCUUAUACGAUCAUCUGUAUUGGACCUACAAACGAUCGCCUUUCGGCAAGAGCUGCCGGCAAGGAUGAACUGGUGUCUACCAAUGAAAAAAGUGAAAAAAGUGAAAAAAGUGAUGAUCAACUGCUCAGACAGUGGGUCGUACUCAAUGGGAUCAGGGGCUUGCUGCCUUUUGCAGGUGGGGUUUUGGGUCUGUUGACCGCUAUCAAUUAG